CUGUUGAAAUCCCAGGGUCGCAUCCAGCAGGGAAUUCUGACGUAUACUACGUACAAGGGUGGAGCAAAACCCUGCUCACGCCUCUCCACAAACGAUAACAUUACGCAGAGAGGACGCUCGUUUGUGAUUCGCGAGAGCUGGCCCUCCCUCCUAGUAGGUGGCCCAACCGGGAUAUAUUUGUGUGCAGUGAAUACGCAGAGACAAGCCGUGUACAAAUCCGUCGGUUUUUGGAAUUUGGUACUCCGGAGAGGGACCUAUAGGCAGAGAGAAGCGAAAGGAACUGAAUAAAGAAAGAGCACCACACUAAAAGGAACUGAAACACACAGUCGAAAAUGUCUUCGAAUAAAGACGAUGGUGGAUGGAAGAAGUUUAUAUGGGAUUCGGACAAGGGGGAAUUUUGUGGACGCACAGGGGGGAGUUGGUGUAAGUAUGCCAUUCUGAUAUUUAUGAUCAUGUUAAUUGGCCAUUAUGGCCAGGGGUUUUAAUCGAAAUUGUGAUGGCUCUCAAAUGGCGCGCCUAUUGGGCAGUAUGGAGCGAGCUCGGAGUCUUAAUUUCAUCGUGGUGCAUAGCACCUGUUUGAUUUGACUUUGCAGCAAUGUGUGCUACAAUGGUACGGUGUCAGAGUCUAUAUCAUUGCCCGUCGCCACUUGUUCAUGGCUCUCCAUGUCUGUGUUGUGAGGUAAUAGCAUAUGGUGAACAUGCGACCAGUUUUUGCUCAUAUUUCACUGUCACCUGUCCUUGCUAGGAACCUACUGCCUUAUUCAAAGGAACAGCCUACCGACUGUUCCAAGCAAAGAUGGGUUUUCAUUUAAAUCACACAUCUUAAAUCAAUGUGAGAAUCCAAAUAGGUCGUGAAGGACAGUGGUGGGAAUAGACGUAAUAUACAUUAUUAGAACAUGAUAUUCUAAAGGUUCCAAUCUUAAUAGUACAGUAGGCUAGUUGAUCACACCGCAGAGACGCAGCCGCCUGUGCCUGGAAGGAGACUAGAACUCCCCAUCGCAGUAACAUGAUCUAUACCUAUGAGGAUGGAAUUACACAACAUGUACAUACUGUAGGGACUUAGUUUCAUUUCCGAUGUAAAAUGACACAAUCAAAGGGUUAAAAAUGCAUCAUAGUCCAAGGUGAUUCAAGGUGAAAUGGCCUACUUGGAAUUCUAGAGAGGACGUUCCAUCUAGUGUUACUAUUCGACGUGGAUCCUGUGUCACUGCAAUUAACAACGGAAAUGGAUUAACUAGACUAAUUUUACUUUUCCCGUUUCCAUCUGCAUCCAUGUCUUCCCUCGUCUCAAUGUCACACAAGUAGCCUACAUUUUCGGUAUUUGGAGGACGACAGAGGAGAGACUUCAUGUUGCAAUUUUGCUUAUUUUACUGACGCCCUCAAGUUGGUUGGUUUGGUCAUUUACAUCAACCGUGUUUUGUGUGUGCAUUAUCUCAAGGCCAAAACCUCUUUUGGAUUUUUUCAUUUAAUUUAUUAUGAUUUUUUACCACAUUUUGUCAUUUUUCUUGUUGGGGGGGUUACAGGUACAACACAACAUAAUUUCAUAUUUAAUUCAAUAAAUUGAGUAUGAAAAGGAAACAGAUAAAAGUGACCCUCCAACCCUACAGCAGUCCCCAACCCCACCCAUUCAACAUGUCUCCAUCCAUAACACACCGUAGGUUGGUUGUGAUGUCCUUAUAAUUCUGCCAAGGAACAGGCGACAUCUUCAGUAAUGCGUAAUUGAUUGGGAACUGCUGUCUCCUAUAGGAUGUGACCCUUUGACAUUGUCUUAUGCACCACUAGGCCUAUACAGUACCAUGACUGUAAGUCGCUUUGGAUAAAAGCGUCUGCUAAAUGGCAUAUUUAUUUUAUUUAUUUAUUUAUCUCUGCAGGGCUUGUGGGGGCGGCAGGGUUGGGGGUGACUUGAGGAGAUUCUAAUUACUGCAGUAGUACUAUGGCUGGACUCGGGGCGGCAGGUAACGUAGCGGUUAAGAGCGUUCGGCCAGUAACCGAAAGGUCGCUGGUUCGAAUCCCGAGCCGACUAGGUAAAAAAAUCUGUCAAUGUGCCCUUGAGCAGGGCACUUAACCCUAAUUGCUCCUGUAAGUCACUCUGUAUAAGAGCCUCUGCUAAAUAACUAAAAUGUACUAUACCUGCAGGGCUGGCUUAAUGCAGGGGUGUUAAUAGAGGGCCCAAGAGGAAGCAACAAAUAAAUACAUUGUUUUACAAAAAAUUAUGUUAAAGGAAAUACUGUGUAUAUGUAGUAUAUAAUUUGUAUUUUUCUACUGCAACUGCCAACCACAGGAGGACUCAGGAGCCCGCUCUCAGUGAGUGUAGACAGCCUGUUGCUCCCUGCUGCAGCUCUGCUAAUCAUCAGAUGGGGGGAGGUAUGGGGCCCACGUGGGUAACUGGGGGGCUCAGCCUCGAUUGGGUAACUGAUGUAAUAAAAAUAAACUGCAUAAUAAAUACAUAAAUGUGACUGGUCAAUUUUGAGUCACGGGCUGGGUUCAAGCCCAUAGGGGGCUCGAGGCAUUUACAUUUUUUUUUGUAUCAUACUUUUUUAUCCAACCACAGGAGCCCGAUCUCAAUGUUCAAAAUACACCAGAGAGCAUAAUUUAGCCACAGAAGAUCAAUAGAUUAUAAAAAAACUUGUGGAUUAAGUUUUAUCGCAAGCAAAGACGGGUAUCUGCCAAAAUAAAGGAAACUCUGACCUAAAGUGUCUUAAAAGGGUGUUGGGCUACCAUGAGCUGCCAGAACAGCGUCAAUGUGCCUUGGCAUAGAUUCUACAAGUGGACCUAAACCAUGCCAGGAAAAUGCACCCCACGCCGUAAUAUAUAUAUAUAUAUAUAUAUAUUACACACUACCGUUCAAAACAUUUUUUUUGUCCAUUUAAAAUAAUAUAAACUUGAUCAGAAAUACAGUGUAGACAUUGUUAAUGUUGUAAAUGGCUAUUGUAGCUGGAAACGGCAGAUUUGUAAUGGAAUAUCUAUAUAGACGUACAGAGGCCCAUUAUCAGCAACCAUCAGUCCUGUGUUCCAAUGGCACGUUGUGUUUAUCAUUUUAAAAGGCUAAUUGAUCAUUAGAAAACCCUUUUGCAAUUAUGUUAGCACAGCUGAAAACUGUUGUGCUGAUUUAAAGAAGCAUUAAAACUGACUAGUUGAGUAUCUGGAGCAUCAGCAAUUGUGGGUUCAAUUACAGGCUCAAAAUGGCCAGAAACAAAACUUUAUUUUCUUGCCUCACAGGUCCUGAACUGGCAGCUUCAUUAAAUAGUACCCGCAAAACACCAGUCUCAACGUCAACAGUGAAGAGGCAACUCCGGGAUGCUGACCUUCUAGGCAGAGUUGCAAAAAAAAAGCCAUAUCUCAGACUGCCCAUCUUAAUCUUUUCUUUUUAUUGGCCAGUCUGAGCUAUGGCUUUUUUUUUGCAACUCUGCCUAGAAGGUCAGCAUCCCGGAGUUGCCUCUUCUCUGUUGACGUUGAGACUGGUGUUUUGCGGGUACUAUUUAAUGAAGCUGCCAGUUGAGGACCUGUGAGGCGCUUGUUUCUCAAACUAAACACUAAUGUAUUUGUCCUCUUGCUCAGUUGUGCACCGGGGCCUCCCACUCCUCUUUCUAUUCUGGUUAUAGCCCGUUUGUGCUGUUCUGUGAAGGGAGUAGUACACAGCUUUGUACGAGAUCUUCAGUUUCUUGGCAAUUUCUCGCAUGGAAUAGCCUUUCUUUCUCAGAACAAGAAUAGACUGACGAGUUUCAGAAGAAAGUUCUUUGUUUCUGGCCAUUUUGAGCCUGUAAUCGAAACCACAAUUGCUGAUGCUCCAGAUACUCAACUAGUCUCAAGAAGGCCAGUUUUAUUGCUUCUUUAAUCAGCACAACAGUUUUCAGCUGUGCUAACAUAAUUGCAAACGGGUUUCCUAAUGAUCAAUUAGCCUUUUAAAAUGAUAAACUUGGAUUAGCAAACACAACGUGCCAUUGGAACACAGGACUGAUGGUUGCUGAUAAUGGGCCUCUGUACGCCUAUGUAGCUAUUCCAUUCAAAAUCAGCCGUUUCCAGCUACAAUAGCCAUUGACAACAUUAACAAUGUCUACACUGUAUUUCUGAUCAAUUUGAUGUUAUUUUAAUGGACAAAAAAAUUGAUUUUCUUUCGAAAACAAGGACAUUUCUAAGUGACCCCAAACUUUUGAACGGUAGUGUGUGUCACAAUAAAUAAAAUAUAUGUAUGUAUGUAUAUGUGUCGUUUACUCAAGUGUUUCCUUUAUUUUGGCAGUUACCGUUAUGCCUACAGUCGGGGAGGGCACAGUUUGUUGUGUUGUGGCCAUAGACAUAUAAUCCAUAGAAGGGUUUUGUAACCUCUUACCCUGACAAUUUGACUGUUAAACUCAAGGGUACACUAGCAAUGGAUGCCAGUCCUGACUUGAAUGAGAACUGCCAUCUAUGGAUUAUAUUUCUAUGGUUGGUUGUGGCUGUUGGUUUGCCUUUUGCAGAUUUCAAAAUACAUUAAAAAAAAGCCCUGGGGCCUAUGAUUUCUUAAUCCUGCCCUGUGUACCUGUGCUGGUGUGAUGCAUAUCCCAGCCUGCACAUUUUGGUUCCUUGGAAGUUGUGGGAACGUAUGUUUUUGGUUUCCCAUUGGUUCUGAGUAUGAAGCAAUACUUUUCCCGACCUGUAAAACUGAACGUUUUUAAAAAAUGUUCUGAGAACGGAAGUGAACAUUUCACAUGUUCUGGGAACGUACAUUUUUAGGUUGCAGGGAGGUUCUGAGAAUGUUCUACUAUGGUUCCCUGAAAGUUUUCCUGGGAGGUUUUAUUAACUUUCUGAGAAUGGAAAUUAUAGGUUAUUUUAAGGUAAUUAAAUAACGUUCUAAAAACAUGUUUCAAUAAGACUAACACUGCUAGCUUAGGUAACUGUUUUGAACUCCAAGCAGAGAUAGGACACGUCAAUUUAAUUUUCUUAGGCAUUAAUCAUGCAAACGCAUUUCUUUUUUUAUUGUGGCACAUUGUCAGUGAGAUUUGACCCUAUGAUCUUCUGUUCUCUAUCCAUGGAAUUAAUCUACUGCGCCGCCAGGAUAGUGCUAGCAUGUUGUUUAAAAAAAAACUCAUACAAAGCUGUUAAUUUUAGUCUAUUUAAACAGACUCCAUUUUAAAGGAAACAAGCACUCAUUAAGACCAAGUGUGGCCAAUUAGUGGGCGUGACCAACACACCUGAACACACUUAACAAGAGAGGUUUUAUUGAUGCUGAGAAUAGAAUGUAUGUUUUUAAAUAACAUUCUUAGAAUGUUCUUAAUGUUCUGAGAACAUGACUUAAAAUAGAACCAUGAGGAAACUUUAUUUUUAAGUACUUACAUUCCCACAGAAGAACGUUGUUUCUUAAAGCUGCAGUAUGUGACUUUGGGCGACCUGAUCAAAUUCACAAAUAUGAGUUAUAGAUCUAUCAUUCUCAUUGAAAGCAAGUCUAAGAAGUGGUAGAUCCCGUUCUUAAGUUUCAUUUUUGUGUCUUUUACUUUGUUUUGUAUACCAGCUUCAAACAGCUGAAAAUACAAUGUUUUUGGUUAUGGUACAAGGAUUCUCGACACUAUACUUGCUUGUUUUGUCACAAACUGAAAUUAGGUCGAACUAUUAGAAUUUUAGCAACCAGGUAAUGGGGGAGUGAUUUCUGCAUGGUGCCCUUUUUAACGUUCUUUAAACAAUUUGAGAACAUAACUUUAAAUAGAACCAUGAGGAAAUAUACUGAAAUUCCCACCUAAGAAACCUAUGGUUCUCAGAACGUUAUGUGCUAGCUGGGUAGUAUCUAUGUUUUGUAUAAACAGCUGAGCAUGCAGGACAGCCUCCAUUGUUAUUGGGACCUGAAUGUAUUAAUUUAUUGGCCUUAUUUGAGAUGUGGGCACUAUUUUUAGAGCAACCUAGUCUCUCGUGACAGGCCUAACAAUUAAAGCUGAGUAGCUGGCUUGAGAUUUGGUUCUGGGUGCUGAGAUUAACAGCAACCAAAAGUAAUUUGACAAUUUUCUACUCUGAAGCCUGAAGUUGUUGUUCCCCUGGCUACUACUGUAUGAUCUACUGGUUACACUUCAUUUUCAUGCCCUCAGUGAAGAGGCAAGACAAUGUCUACUACUGUUAUGGGUGGAUUACAAUUUGGAAUGGUAGCUUUGUGGUUAGGUUACCUCCUGCUCCCUCCAUAGGAGACACAGGCUUCUCUGUCUGCAUGCAUUCUACCUGUAAAGGUAUCCCUGAGCCCAGGAGUGCAUCACAAAUGGCACCCUUUUCCCUAUAUCGUGGACUUCUUUUGACCAGCGCACUACAUAGGGAAUAGGGUGCCAUUUGGGACAUAUACCAGUUAUGUAUAGUCUGUGUCUGGACCAGGAACCCUAAUGUAGAAACCAGGUGGGCUUGGAUUAGUAGUAGAGCCAGCCAAUGUAUUUAUCUAAUUUAAUGCGUUUGAUAGUGUUGUGUUCUGUGGGGCAAUGACUAGGUGGUAUAUUGAGGUUUGACGAUAGACACGCAUGAGAUUGAAUUGGUCCAGUUGGAAUUGGAACACUGCAGAAACACUAGUCUGACAAGACGCAUUUGGCAGACAUGCUGUUUCUCUUUCUUAAGCUGUACCCCUCUCGUCUCACUUUGUGGUGCAAGACAUCACUUGUCUAUUUGAUGUUAAAAUGGUAAGCAUUUAAGUCCCCAACGUCACAAACACUACAGUCAAAAACAAAGGUGGGCAGAGGGGAUCCACAGUCUACAUAUCUGAGGUGUUUAGUGUACUAUACACACUGGCUCUGCAGGGCUGGUUAGGGUGGCAGGGUUGGGUUGACUUACUGCAGUAAUACUAACGUUGGACUUGGGACUUCAUUAUGGGGAAUGUUAAUUGUUUUUCAGAGCAGAUUUAACAUUCUACAGUUGUGUAAUGCUGGAGUUCUGUACGUGGCUUUUGUAUGACUCAAUUGAAUGAGUGGAAAUGGAGCUUGUCAGCAACAUAACAGGAUCUUAAUGGCAUGACUGGUGUUUGUGUAAAAACAAAUGUCACAAUCAUCUGUCCUCCCCCUCUCUUGCAUGGUGAUGACCCAUUUUUCUCUCUCUCUCUCUCUCUCUCUCCUUUUACAGUUAAAAUUCUAGGGUUCUACUUAGUCUUCUAUGCAUUUCUGGCUGGAGUAUUCAUCGGCACCAUCCAGGCUUUGCUUCUCACCCUCAGUAACUACAAACCCACCUGGCAAGACAGAGUUGCUCCCCCAGGUAAGGUAUCGCUAAACACUGAGCCGCUACUGCUGCCUGGGGAUAGGACAGAUGGUGUCCAAACACAGUGGCUUCGUUUGAAAUGGCACCUUAUUCCCUACCCACUGGUCAAAAGUAGUGCACUAUGUAGGGGAUAGGGUGCCAUUUGGGACGCAGCCAGUGUCUAACAUGCAUGUUUGUAUGUCUCAGAGGGAUGGGUUAUGUCCGUCAAACAUCCUCUUAUUGAAUUUCACACUUUAACUCCUUAAGGAAGUCCCACUGUGAGAUAUCAGCUGAAUUGACUUUAGCACUGCAGAUGGGCCAGAAAGCAGGCAGGCAGGCAGGCAGGCACGUUACCGUUUGAGGUCAGACACACAGAGGACUCUUGUCUUUCAGGUAAACGGUGGGUGUCAUCCAUGCAUGCAGCAUGUGAAACUGUUUUUGUUACUGGUUCAGUGUCUAUGGCCCUGGCUCAUUUAGGCUAGCUUGUACAGUAGUAUGCUUUCGUCCAGUAACAAACAGGUGAAAUUAGAUUUUUGGCAAAGAUGUAGAUAAGUGCUUCUGUCAAAAUGAACUCUGGUCUAGUAGUGAACUGAAUAAAUGAACUCUGGUCUAGUAGUGAACUGAAUAAAUGAACUCUGGUCUAGUAGUGAACUGAAUAAUGGAAGUGUUAUUCCAGUUACUGCAAUCCUACAUUUUGGUGUAGGUAGUGGGUUGGUCAAGUGUUGCCAGUGUCACAAUUAAUGACAUGACCUUGUCAAAGACUAGUAAGCUGCAUUUGAACUAUGUCUAAAGCCAGUUGAAUGUUGAAGUAUCCCAGCCCAGUCAUUUGUCUGUCCGGGUGUAUAUAUAGCCAUGGUCUGCUCAGGGAACCCCCAUUAGGAGGUGAGGUGAGGAGAGGUAGCUAGGCGUUGAUGUGAGUUACUUUCCACAGGCUGGGGAGGUGGUGGCUGGGGAGGUGGUGGCUGGGGAGGUGGGGAGGUGGUGGCUGGGGAGGUGGGGAGGUGGUGGCUGGGGAGGUGGGGAGGUGGUGGCUGGGGAGGUGGGGGCUGGGAUGGGCUGGUUGUAAAUAAGGAAGCAGAAGAGAAUAGGUGUGGAUGUGUUUUGGAUCUUGUCCCGUAGAGUAAAGACAGUUGUCUUUUGUUUGAAAUGGGCUUUUCCCAUUUACUGACCCAUCUGCUAAGAACAAUGACCGGGAUUCACCUUCCUCUUCAAGAGUGUCUUCCAAAGUGUGGACUCUUCCAUGUAUGACUGCCUCACUGAAAGACUUCAUUAGAAAGCAAAUUACACUGACUGUACUUAACAUUACUGAGUAUGAAACCAGUUAUCUAUGUAACUGCGGUACUAUUGUGUGUUAGUGUAAAUAGAAUGGUCACAAGUCCACUGAAACAUUAUAGUCCUAUUAUAAAAGAUUGUAUUGCUAAUAGUACUUUCUCUACUUCUGUAACAUUGAAACUGAUGGUGUACUGUCUCUCUGUUCUCAGGCCUAUCGCACACCCCACGCUCCGACAAGUCCGAGAUCGCCUUCAACUUGAAUGAUGUGGAGACCUACUUGGCUUACACCAAGGCCAUGAGAGAGUUCCUGGUUAUGUACGACGAGGACAAACAGAGGGACCAGAUGAAAUACGAGGAUUGUGGAGGUACGUGAAGUGGGCCCCUCUUGGGCCUGGUUCCAUUCCGCUCUCUAUCCCCUCCCCCUAGCUCCUAGUCCUACCCCCUCCCAUGACACAGUCCUAAGAGGAUGGAGGCUGGUGCUCAAUGUGGUGGAAGCUCUACUUAGGUGGAGGUGGUGCCAUCACCUUAUAGCCUUUGCUUAUUGAAUCCUUUCUGGUGUUCUAACAUCGACCAGAUGGGAUAGGAACUAAGUGGUCAGGACAUGGAAUGGAAUUGUGUAUUGGCUUCUUCAGAGAGAAGGUGUAUUUUUAUAUGAAUUAGUUGAAGCGAGCAGCUGUGCCAUCCUGUGCUCAGUGUUUAUUUGGUGAUUUCCUUCUCUCACAUUAGAGCAACCGGAUGACUAUAAGAACCGUGGCGACCUGGAGAGUGAUGUGGGGAUCAGGAAGGCCUGUCGCUUCCAGAGGACCUGGCUUGGGCCUUGCGCUGGCAUCGAGGACAGAGACUUCGGCUUCAAGGAUGGAAAACCCUGCCUGAUCGUCAAGCUCAACAGGAUCGUCAACUUCAGGCCAAGGGUAAAUAUCCUCAGGACAUAACUUUCAGGCCUUAUCAACCAGGACAUAUGAAAAGUUGACCUCUUGUACAAACCGGUCACUUUGAUAUUUCCAGUGGCCCCUGGUUGUUAGUUUAUGCAUAUUUCCCCCAAAGUAGUAGUACAUUAUUGAAUGCAAAUCUACAUAUACUUUCUUAGGUAAAAGUGUUACUGUUUUUUAGCGUAUGCUCUCCAAAGCAGAUUUGUUUUGCCGCUCCUCACUCACUGUGUACCUGUCCUCCCUCCUUUCAGCCCCCCAGCUCCAAUGACAGCAUCCCUGAGGGAGCCCAGUCCAAGGUCCAGCCCAACGUCAUGCCCAUCUUCUGCACCAACAAGGUACAGUACGCCAGACGUGGAAUGAGAUGGAACCACAUCAAAUCAGAAUGAAUCAUUCCAAAGUCGGUUGACCGUAAUGUCAGUAAAGCAACAUUGAAGCCUAAGGGAAUGUUGACUUGAAUGGGAAUGUUCGUUCUAGCAAUUCUAGAAUUGCUUUCGAGGAAUAGUCCCCAUUCUGUCACUAAACCAGCUAUUGUAAAUGUGUUUCUGGGUAAAGGUUAGACCUCAGAAUGACCAGAAUAGCACCGUAUUUCUCUUCUUUUGACCCUGUCACCCAAUAUAUUUGCAGAGAGAGGAGGACGCGGGUAAGAUCGGCGAGGUGAAGUAUUACGGCAUUGGUGAAGGCUUCCCCCUCCAGUAUUACCCCUACUACGGCAAGCUGCUUCACCCCCAGUACCUGCAGCCCCUGGUGGCCCUCCAGUUCGUCAACCUCACCAUGAACACCGAGCUGCGCAUCGAGUGCAGAGCCUACGGAGAGAACAUCGGCUACAGCGAGAAGGACAAGUUCCAAGGAAAAUUUGACGUUAAAUUCACUGUCACCAACUUAUGA